UUUUAAAAUUGGUGUAGUUUAGCCUGCAACGCUUAUGAUAAGAGUCGGCAGUUUGAAAUGGCCAACCCACCUGAUGCGGCCUUCUCUUCACCUGCUUUCUUAAGGUCUGGCUCAGUUUAUGAACCUCUUAAGAGCAUUAAUCUUCCAAGACCUGAUAAUGAAACUCUGUGGGAUAAAUUGGAUCAUUAUUACAGAAUUGUCAAGUCAACAAUGCUGGUGUAUCAAAGCCCAACCACAGGCCUCUUUCCUACUAAAACAUAUGGUGGAGACCAGAAGUCCAAGAUCCACGAAAGUCUGUACUGUGCUGCAGGAACCUGGGCUUUGGCUCUUGCAUACAGGCGCAUUGAUGAUGACAAGGGAAGGACACAUGAACUGGAGCACUCUGCUAUAAAAUGUAUGAGAGGGAUUCUCUACUGCUAUAUGCGUCAGGCUGAUAAGGUCCAGCAAUUUAAGCAGGACCCACGCCCUACAACAUGCCUUCACUCCGUUUUCAAUGUGCAGACGGGAGAUGAGUUGCUGUCCUAUGAGGAAUAUGGCCAUCUUCAGAUAAAUGCAGUGUCACUCUAUCUCCUUUACCUAGUGGAGAUGAUUUCCUCAGGACUCCAGAUUAUCUAUAACACUGAUGAGGUCACUUUUAUUCAAAACCUUGUAUUUUGUGUAGAAAGAGUUUACCGUGUUCCUGACUUUGGUGUUUGGGAAAGAGGGAGCAAAUAUAAUAAUGGCAGCACAGAACUACAUUCAAGCUGAUCACUGCUGUGUGAGGGAGAGUUACUAUAUAGGCUGACCAG